AGUUGUAACUUAUAAUCGCGGAAAUAAUAAUUGCGAUUUAUGUUAUUUGCAAAUGCAAAGUAGUUAAUUAAUUAUAAAAUGAGAGGUAGGGGCGAUUAGGCCCUGAAUUUGUGAUAAAAAGGGUGCUGUGAAUUUUUCGAAUAGGCUGGGGUAAGUAUAUUUCGUACUUUGCAAACACAGCGGGGGGCGGCUCUUUUGAGCAGAAUGUUUUUCCAACGCUAUCCAACUUUGCUUGCAUUUGUAGAAAACAACAAUGGCCGAAAGCAAUAAACAUCACUCGAGUUUGGUAUUAUUAGGGGUGCGAAUGUCAAAGUAUUUUUAUUUUUUAUUUUUACGAAAUCAUUCGGCUUAUUAUUUUCCUAGUCAACUACUAUAUCACUUACCAUGUCUGCUAGAAACACAUGUUCAUAGUUAAUAUCUUCAUUACUACUGUUAUUAGUAACAUCAAAUAUAAUUCAACAUUGAUCGAUGAAAAGAUUUGAACAAUCUGGGGAAGUGAUCGACAAACACCCAGACUUGUAUAUAAUUUUCUCGCUAUUAGAAUGGACUUAGCUGAAACCAUGAAGAACAUCGUAGCCAAGGGAAUGCAAACAGAGAUGGGACCUCCUGGAGGUGGGUACCCUGGGGGUGCAAAUGGCGCUGGUUACGUCACAGAAAAAAUGUAUAUGCUCCUUCAGCUCUAUCUUCAAAACAAAGGCUGGAAUCCCAGCAUCGAGUUAUUACAAUGCUUUACAGAACUUAAAGAAGCAUCGAUGCUUCCUAGUGCCGCCUACCUUCAAAUGAUGGCAUCAAGAGUGGCAUUGGAUUCACAAGGCAGGCUGGUCCUGAGAGAAAAUGGCAAGAUAAUACUCCCCUACGAACAUUUUGCCAAUGCUGUCAUGCUAAAGCACAUGAAUGGACCGCAUGGGCUUCAUCUAGGAAUGGAAGGAACAGUUAGAGCAGUUAUGGAAUCAUAUACCAUUGGGCGGGAGUGUUUUGGAAUGGAAAAAGAGUUCAUUAUUGAAGUGGUACAGAAUUGCCCAAACCCAGCCUGCCGCUAUUAUAAAAACCAGCUUGAAAUGACCCAAAAGAUGAAUCACAUGGGGCCAACUUAUAUUCAAGACAACGAAACGACAGCGUCUCUUCUACGCUCCAGCUUUCCUCAUAACGCUGACUUUCAGGCAGCUCUCAGCGGAGCUCCACCUCCUAACACCCAUAUGGGUAAUUCGGCAGUUGAUUUGGGUGGUUCGUCGGAGAUGCGAAAUGCAAAUCAAAUGAAUCUCCAGCGUCCACCCAGUCGUCCUUCUCUCAAUAUUCCACAUCGGCCUAGUUCACAGGAAAAGAAAUGCACCAGCAACAAACAACAUUAUGAGUCACUUAUACCCACCGUUCCAAUAUCGGAUCAUAAAUUGACAGAUUUCCUGCGAGCUAAUUUAGAUAAUCUCGACAGUCUUGGAGGCCUUGGAGCUUUAGGCAAUCUUCAGGGAUUGGGGAAUGCUAAUAAAGAUCUCCUGGCUCUUCAUAAUGGAGCUUGGUCCGUAGAUAGUGAAAAAGGAUCUCGGUCUUCAUCUUCAAAUUCGGAGGGUGGACAAGAAAAGAUAGUUAGAGCAUUUGCUGAAGUAAUGAAAAACAUGGCGAGGAUGAAGGCUUGCGUUCGCCCAGCGAUGUGUAAACCUUAUGGAAAACAAUCGGAAGCUUUGCAAAAGACACUCGUCGACACGAUACAGCUUGUGCAAUCUUUGAGGAGUUUUCUACCACCACCUCACAUCCCAGUAUCUAGCUGGAAAAACGAGGAUAAACAUCGAUUAGAUCAUUCUGGAUCUUCCUAUCACCCUACGCUGUACAAUAUUUUUUAUCUUAUUGAAUUUGUGGCUCAAAAUAUUAUAACUACAUAUCUGACGAUUGAUUUCUCUUCUGUUACAGAAAAGCAGGAGGAUUAGAAGAGAUGUGCGAACAACGCAAGUUAGAUUAGGCAGUGUUUUCGUGGCCUAAAAGAAUCUUUUCGGUGUUCUAGUCAGUCGGAGUAUCGCGGACCGUUGAAUUAGGUUAAAAAUUGGAAAAAAUUAAAGAAAAUUCGUUCAUUUCCCCCCAUGGAUUGCUCAAAGGUUGAUGGAAUUUAGAAGUUGAGGAGAUACAGGAGCCAAAACGAGUCAUGCGUGGUCUGUGAUAAACGUAGAUGGUGCAAAAAAAAAUUUUAAAUUAAAGAAAAAAAUUAAAAACGAUUCAUAAAAAAGAGAAAAGUUUGCAUCCGCGUCUUUAGACCAAAUUUGUUAUCAGAGUGUUGUGUUACGUUGUGUUUUGUUACGUCAACUUAUAGUUACGUUGCCACAAUACUAUUACGGAGUCGACUAUUCAUCUUUCAUCGGUAAGUCUAUUUAUUCUAAAGAUGCUAUUCACGUUUCAGUUUUUGAGUGUAAUCUGCUCAUGGUGCUUCUCUCCCGCCUUGUGCGAUGUAAAAUUUUCAAAGAAAGAAAGAAAAGAAAUUGGCGUUUGUUUAAUCAGUAUUAAUGUGAUUCAAUUUUUGUUUUGUAUGUUCGGCUAGUUUAGUUGUUUUAUCGAGCGUUAAGUAAGAGUAAUCAUAACAUUGAUAUCACCAAUAUAUUUAUGAAACAAAAACUAAAAAAUCUUUCCAUAAGAAGGAUUCAAAAAUUUUAUUAUGAAAAAGCUUUAUUGGAAACGGUUCUUUCUUUUCUCUCUAAUCGUUUCUUCGCAAUGAAUUUUAUUACAUAAUUAUAUUUAUGUAAUGUAUGACAGGGUAAUUUGAAAUGAUGGAAAACCGUAUAUGUGUACCUAGAUUGCUUCAAAAAACCCUGCGACGACAAACAUUUAUACAUAAUUAUUACAAAUAUUUAUAUAUAUAUUAUAAUAUAUAUUUGGUCCGUUAAACAAGACUGAAAAAUUUUCAUCCAUCAGACGACGAAUCGAUGGUGCCCUGACAGUUUAUUUUAUUUAUUUAUUCUUUUUCAUUAUGUUCCAGUUUGAAAUUAUAUUGAUCAAACCUAGAUCCUAUACAUGCAUAUAGAUUAUUGCUUAUUUUGAAUAAUUUAUUUUAUUUCAGAGAUUUAUUUAUAUUAUAUUAACAUUAACGGAGAGAAAAACAAAAAAAGCAAACAAUCGAAUCAAUUUUCUAAUUUUUCUCAAUCGAGAUUACUACAUGAAUGUAAAAUGCGAGAAAUAAGUAGAUAGCUACACACGUAUAAUCACAUAUAUUCUUUUCCACUCAUCUUAGCGAAAUUUUGUUAUUUUUAUUCAAAUUUUCGGAACUGUUUCCGAAUUUAUUUCUUUUUCAACUUUAUUUGGUUCACAAACAUAGAUAGAUGGAGCAUAUCUACUCGUUGACAAUUAGUUUAAUAAUAUCUCGUUAUUAUUUAUAAAACGUUCGCUUAUAUCACGAAUUAACUCUGAAUAGAUAUUUAAACUCGACUAUAUAUUAUACAAGGUAGAACUGUUUUCAAUGAGUGUACGAUAAUAAAAAAUAGUUAUGAUAAUCUUAAAAAAAAAAAAAUUAAAAAAAAACAAUCAUGAUUUAUUGUUAAUUGAAAAAAGUCACGAAAAGAUUUGUCGCAUAAAAAAUUGUAAUUGAUAGUAAGAAAAAGCACCGUUUGUUAUAAGUAUUGUUUAAUAUAAUUGAAUGGUGAAAAAAAAAGUUUCACUAACGAAUGAAGAAAAUUAAAAUAUUGAAAUAUUUAAGCAACGUUUCCGACUAUAGGGUAGGUGUAAGUGAAUUUUUAGUAUGAAAGUGUAAAAGUGUGCGGGACAAAAAUAUCGAAUAGAAAGUUUGUGAACCUCGGCUAUGAAAUAGCAAAGAAUCAAUGUACGAGUGUGCGUAAAUGUGUUAUUAAUAAAUUAAAAAGAAAACGAUAUUAUUAUUAUUAUUGUUAUUGUUAUUAUUAUCAUGACUAUCAUUAUAUUAUGAAUGUAUUUAGUUAUUGCAUAUUCGACAAGUUAAUUAAAAAAAAACAAAUAAUAAAAUAACAAUAGUAAUAAUAAUAGUAUGUUUUAACGAAUGAAAAUUGAAAAAAUUGGUCGCUCUUUUAUAUGUAUUUACGUUGCGUAUGUUGUACAGUAUAUAACUAUUAUACAUAUACCUAUAUAUUAAUUUCGUACUUUUUGGCCGCUGCAAUAUUAUAAUAUCUGACUAUCUACCUACCGUAUAUUAAUUACCUAAUGAAUUAUAAUUGUCGCAUACGUUUAUAAAAAGAUACUGAUUACCACAUAUGUAAUUUAUGUGGUCAGCUGAUUUUCAUCGCUAUGACAAUUUACAUAAUAAUAUAAUAAGUAUCACUGUACCAAGUGUUUAAUAUACCGAUGGUAAAAAAAAAAAACUCAGAAAAUGAAGAAAAAAAAAAUAUAGAAAUACACUUUGAAAGUUCCCAUGUGCAAAAAAAUGGAAAAUAUUCAAUUAGAGUCUGAAAUUUUGCUAUAACGUUUCUUGAUAUCGAUCACAUUCCGGAAGAAUUUUUGAUAUCUGGAUCGAAACAAGGGCGAAUACGUUCAUAUGUCGUCCUAUACUUUCAUAUAGUAGUUACGAUCAAAUAUAAUGAAUUGCCGCACUCGGUUAUAAAGUCCACAAGCACAUGUGAACGAUACAAAUUACACUUCGCUGUACGUUCAUGAAUGCAAACAAAUAAACGAAACAAAGAAUGCCUACUUCCGCUGUCUCUGCAUAUUGAAAAAGAAAACCGCAAAAAAAAAGAAAAAAAAAAAAAAUUAAAUAAUUAAAAAUUUGUCGUCGCUUGCCAGUAUUGCUCUUCUGUAUUCCAGCGUAUAUUAUAUUAUUAAUUGAUAUAAUUAUAAUAAAAAGUUUUUACAAGUGUGA